AUGAGAAGGGACAGGUUCUUCGAGCUAAGAAACGUUGUCCACUUUGCCGACAUUCAGAACGUUCCUGAGAACCAGAAACAGAACAAACUCUAUCGAUUACAGCCAAUCCUAAGCUCUUUCCGUUCUGGCUCUGUGAGUCUACCGAGGUUCAGUAACUUAUCUGUCGAUGAACAAAUGAUACCAUUCGUGGGACGCUGUCCUGCUCGUCAGUACAUUCCAUCGAAGCCAAACCCUGUUGGCCUGAAGAAUUUUGUGCUUGCUACACCACAGGGCUUGAUGCUUGACUUCAAGAUCUACACCGGAAAGGACACCGUGGACCAAGAGACACAGAAAGAACUUGGCCUUGGGGGAGCCAUCGUCAAGCUCCUACUCCAGACUGUACCGAGUGACAAAACCGUCCACAUGCUCAAGGACAGAUACUUCAUCGGGCUGAAGCUUGCAGAGUUCCUCAGAUCAAGAAAUACACACCUCACAGGGACUGUCCUAAGCACCAGGACUGGAGGGGCAGCGCAGAAAUUACCAGAUGAUAAGCAAAUGAAGAGGGGUGAUUCGGCAUGUGUUGUCGGGGCUGACGGCAAGGGCACAUGCAAGUGCUGGUCGAGCGAUGCGAACGGAAAAGUGGACGUGCCACAGCCUGCUGCCGUCAAGCAGUACAACUCAAACAUGGGAGGCGUCAACCUCAUCGAUUGCUUCAUGGCCUUCUACAGAAUAAAGAUCAGAACCAAGAAAUGGACCGUCCGUGUUUAUGCUCAUUUUCUUGAUCUUGCUGUUUGCAAUGGGUGGAUACAGUACAAACAAGACUGCGCUGCCCACAGGAUGCUCAAAAAAGACAUCCUUGAUCUGCUAGAGUUCAAGGUAACAAUCGCAUAA